AUGGCGUCAUCAGCCACCAAUUGUAGGCGAGCUCCAGCGACUGAGGGCGGAAGUGCUGGCCGGUGGGGCCGGGGGACCGGGCGGGGCCGGGCCGGGAUCCCGCGACUUCAAGAAGUCCUCAAGCUAGGGAACGUGAUAACAGACUACCCCCUGGCCGAGACUAUCAUGCUGGUGGGGUUCUUCAUGACGGUCUUUGUAGAGCAGCUCAUCCUGACCUUCCAGAAGGAGAAGCCCUCCUUUAUCGACCUGGAGACCUUCAACGCCGGCUCAGAUGUCGGGAGUGAUUCUGAGUACGAGAGCCCCUUCAUCGCCACCUCCCAUGGGCGCACACUGUACAAUGAGCACAGCCACCACUCCCACAGCCACAGCCUGAACAUCCGGGAGCUCUCCUGCUCCAGCCCCCUGCGGCUCUUCAGCCUGGUGUUUGCCCUGUCAGCCCACUCCAUCUUUGAGGGCCUGGCCCUGGGCCUGCAGGAGGAAGGGGACAAGGUCAUGAGUCUCUUUCUGGGGGUGGCCAUCCACGAGACACUGGUGGCCGUAGCGCUGGGCAUCAGCAUGGCCAAGACCUCACUGGCACUGAAGGAUGCCGCCAAGCUGGCUGUGACAGUCAGUCUGAUGAUUCCCUUGGGCAUUGGCAUUGGCAUGGGCAUCGAGAGCGCCCGCAAUGUGGCCAGCAGCGUAGCUUCUGUGGUGCUUCAGGGCAUUGCAGGGGGGACCUUCUUAUUUGUCACAUUCUUCGAGAUCCUGGGGAAGGAGCUGGAGGACAAGAACGACCGCCUGCUGAAGGUCCUCUUCCUGGUGCUGGGCUAUGCCGUCCUGGCCGGGCUUGUUUUCUUCAAGUGGUGAGGGCAGAGAGGAGACCCCAGCUCCUUCCCCUCGUAAACGGUGCUGAUAGCCAGCCCCCUUUCCAGCCAGGCGGGGACGCGGAUGCCAGCGCCAGGGUGAAGCAUCCGCAUCCAGAUGGUGGCAACACAUUGACCUGAAGAGAGAAUGGUUCCCCCAGGGUCAAGGGAGAAGAAUCACACAAGGUUUCAUGCGACUGUCCCCACAUGCUGUAUUAGUGGGGUGGGGAGAGGCUUGUACAGAGGCUACUGAAAAUAAUAUUUGUAAUAGUGAGUAGGGCCUUAAAUGCUGCUUCCGAAGGGAUCUCAGCAACUGUUUGGCACAGAUCCGCCUCCCCUCCCACCCCCGGUUAAGAAUCCGGGUCUGCUCUUUUCCAUUUUGGGCUUCACAAAGUGAAAGAUGACAGAGAAACUGCGUGGAAAGCAGGUGGGGAUAACGGGUUGUCAGACUGCACUAAGCAGCUCUUACCAGCUGAGUUCUGAGCAAAAACCUGCCUGUAUUAGUUGCCAAAAACGUCAGCCGUUCUGGGAUCCAGUAGAUGGGAUUCUGCACUACAAUCCUCUCUUAGCAGAGCUCCCAUCAACCCCUGUCAAUCCCUGGGGACUGCAGUUUCUCAGUAGGUGACUAAGCAAAGAAAUAAGGCCAUAAGCUCCUUUUUUUAUCCCUCCAUGCCAUGUUCCCUUGCAAUCUCACCCACUCACUGCGCUUUGCUGAUGGAAUCCUUAGAAGCUUCGUUAACAUCCUGCUGGCAAGGCUGGGAUUUUGCAUCCAAAGGCCCUUGUGUAGCACUGGCAGAGCCCUGGCUCCAUGGUUCUGAGCUUGUUCAUGUUCCAGCAUGAAUGUGUACAUGGAGUGUUUAGCAUUUGCACUGUCUGCAGUAGCAUUGGUGCUGGCAGUUGCAAAAGGGUGGGUCAGGGCUAUCUGUUCUGAGGCACUGAGUUAGAAAGAUCAUGGGGCAGGUCAUCUCUCAGCUCUUUUCUGUGGGUCUCUGGACGUCAGGGUAGAGAUUGUGGAAGGGCUGGUUGCAGCAUUCGCAAACACAGGCAGGCGUGCAGGGUCCCUGCAGCGUAGAGAUCUUGCUUUCAGGCACGGUGCAGGUCUGGGAAGUCGCUGUGUUGUGAAUCGUGGCAUGAUCCUUCCGAUCUGACCUGAGUGAGACACUCAGAUCAGCCUUUGUCCUGGAAGUCUCCCCUGGGGGAUGUCUCUGCAGGUUUCUGUCAUCAUUGUGGGGGGAGGGUGCUGUAUGCAAGGGGUGCUCAUGCUAUCUCAAAAUCCCCAGUCCCCUUUUGCUCCACAGAUCUUCAGCUUAACAAAUACCCCACCCUCCACCCCCCUUUCCAGGACCAUGAGAGCUCAUGCAUUUUAAUUAGCCGUGGCUGCUGGAAAAUCACAGGCUUCCAAAGGCAAGUCCAGCCCUUCAGCACUGCUGAUGGAAUGAUAAAAGCUCCAAUGCAUCUCCCAUCGCAGUAAACAAGAUGGCAGCGGCUUUCCGCGGCGAAGCUUUGCAAGGAGGGGUCGGGACAAAGUGGCUGAUCCAGCAUCUCGGCUGCAUGCCGGUACAUCUGUCCUGUAUGGUGACACGUGAGGACUGGCUGAGGAUUUCUGCCGACUAGCAAUUCAAUUGCUUCAGGAUGCUGCAGCUAAUUAAUCUUACUCUGAAGGGAUGGGGCAGGAGGCAAUUUGGGGGCCUCAGCUGACACUAAUCAGCUGACUGAUUCAAAUGCUGCUCUGCAGAGCUGCACCAUCCUCUUCACUGUUCCCUCUUGGAGCCCAGCACAGUUGCCACGUGCCCUCCUGGGCUGUCGUGCUCACUGCCCAGAGCUGUUGGGGCAAGACGGGCCAGUGCGUGUUGCAAGAGAAUGGCAGGCCAAGGUGCUUCUGGGAAACUUGGCCUGAGCUGAAGGGGCUAACAUGGGGAGAAGGGCCUGGGCCUCUGUGUGCUCCCCAGAAAGGUGGAGCAGGGGAGUUGGGCUCUGGGCUUUGGAUUCUUAGCAGUGCCCCUUGCAGCUUGCACUCAUGCCCCUUCAUGCUGUCAGAGGGGUCUCGGGGUGGAUGGGCUGUAGUAGAACUGGGAGCUGGGCCCAGAGCACUGGACAUCCACCCUGAGCUUGGAGAUAGACAAGCCGCCUGCCUUGGUUGUCCUUUAGAUUUGGUGUUAGCUGCAUAGAUCUAGAUGUGGUCUCUUUUCUAAAAGCCUCCUCCCCCCACACCCUGUAUGUGAAUUGACCAGGCACAUGGUUUUCAUCCCCAUGGAUCUGCCUGACACCUGUGGGGAGCAGGGCCCCUGAACAGGCUUUAAGGGGAAGCUGAUGAGGCUACAAAGGUUCAGAUGCUGAGCCUUCUGCAUACAGCAGAUGGGCCAGCAGCACCGUUCCUCCCAAGCUGCUCUGCCUGCUCCUGGGACUGGCUUGUUCAUGCAGGUGCUCCAUCCUGCGGUAGAAAACUGCAGCAUCUCAGAGGCAGAAGCACGGACUCUCCCAGCGUUGGGCCUUCAAGGGUGUUUUUUCUCCUCUCCUGUGCUCAGCCUCCUCCUGCUGGCAGAGUUGAAGCUACAGCUGGAUCUCCGUGUGGGAGUCACUGCCUCUCUCGCCCUACCAUGUGUGCAGGGCUGUCGAGUCUCUGCCCAUGUUGGAGAGAAGAGGGGCCAUGGAUAAACCAGAUGCAGCAUUUUGGGGGACACGACUUUGGAAAGCAAGUGCAGAAGAGGUCUGGCCCCUCCCAGCCCCUGCCCCCAUUCCCUGGGGGCAAAGCCAGAAUCCCCAAGGUUUUGCCCAGAUCGGAGUCUCUCCAGGGCAAUGCACCACCGUUGGCAACGUCUGACUCUGCUCUCACUCCCCUGUGCUGCCAGCACCUGCAGGAGCUGAUUGGAUCUGCUGUGUAUUAGUCGGAGCCAAGGAGGAGAUUUGGUGACUUCCUGCAAAUGAUCCAGGGCCCGAGGGAUGCGCUGAGUCUCGAUCAAUAGCCAGGUCUAAGCCCAGGAGUGCAGUGAAGCUCCAGCAAAUUGCAGGAGCAUCCAUGGGGGAUAGCUCUGCUGGCCUCAGCACUGCACCAGACAGCAAACUCCUGGUUUGGAGCCCUUGAGCCUCUAUGGAGCUCGGGCAGCAGGAGAGAAGACCCACAUGCCUGGCCUGGUUUCCACGGGGGUUAGUGUUCCCUCUCCUUGAUGUCUACACCCUGCAGGGGUGCGUGCGUGCCCGAAGCCAUGAGCGUUGUCUUACUCUCAUCGACUUCAGCCAAGCUGCCUGGGAGCACCUUUGUCUACAAGGCAGCAGUUGCCAGGUUGCAUUUUGCGAUGUCUUGGUGUUGACCGGAGGGCUCCAAGGUCAGGCAGAACUGGGCAGCCACUGAGCUUAGGAAGGCUUGUCCCAGUCCAGAAAUCACCUGGCGGCGGGCCGGUUUCCUUCCCGGGCAGAGCCUGGCACAGAGCUCGGUGGUUGUUGACACGUGGGCGUCACUUCAGCCUUGGCCCUCCAGGUCCCAUUUCUUGGAGCUAGUGGGAGCGCCUGGUAAAGACAGGAGGUGCAGCUUCCAUUGCCCUACCAGUGACACCUGCCCGUGUAGUUGGAAAACCCUUUUCUUGCCGAGCGCAGCCCUGACCCUCCAGCCGGCCCUGCGUGGACGUGGGCUCCAGUGCAAGGCGGCCUGAGGAGCAGGGGCUGUAAGCAAGGGGCCAGGAGCUGCGUGCACAGUAGGGCACCGUGAAAAUGUGGCCAUGUAUCCAGCUGCCUGCUGCUCUCAGCUGCCCUGACGACCUCCUCGCCCAGUGUACGCCCUCGGCAGGGAGCAGGGUGACUGUGUUUUCUUGUAUUAGCCAUGUGCGACUUAAUUCCCUUGUCUGUCAACAGCACCGGCAGCCAGCUGCUGUGACGCUAAAGCCAGGAGACCCUUUGCUAAAUGACUUCUCCAGUGCGGCAGGACUCUGUUGUUGAACUGCUCGCAUCCACGUAUGAGCCAUGCGUGUGGGAUUGCAAGCGGUGCACCUGCUUCCUGGGAAGGGAGGUCUUCCCUGCUCCUUUCUUUCACCGAGGGUGGGCUAGGCUGGGCUGUCUGGCCAGUAUUAAUUCAUGGAGGGCAUCUGUGGGAGUGCAGGUUUUGAGCGGGCAGAACUCAACUGGUCGCCUGGCUUGGAAGAACCAGGGCAGGCUGAGCAGCUGUGGGCACUUGCUUUGGCAGGGGUCUCUCGUUGGCAGCCUCAGCUCAGGGACCUGUCUGGAUUUGUGUCCCCUCCAGCCUGCUCCUCAAGAGUCACGGCAUGGACUGUCCCUCUCUCGGCAUGGAGGAGGGGGCAAAAAGCCUGGUGCCAGACUGGUGGGGACCCUGUGUUGCCUGGAGGGUACGUGGGGCAAGCAUGGGGUGGGGGUGCCCUCUGCUGCUUCCUGAACCCCCCUCCCCAGCACCAUCACAGAGGGGCUGGAGCAGAACUGGGUGCCCACUGGGGUUUGCUCUGGGGCCAGGCAUUGUGAGUGGAGGAUGGCCAGCCCUUACCAGCUCCAGCCUGCAAGUGCACUGAAAGCCCCUUAGGUCCAGCCUGGCCUUGAGCCCUGUGCUGCCCACUGGAUGGGGGGGACCUGCCCUCCACUCCCCUGCUGGCGUGACCUGGCUCGGGUUUUGGGGACCUGCUUGCAUGGAAGUGGGAAGGGGCUGAGGAAAGACUCCGUUCUGCUGUGACAGCCUGGUGCUGGCAGGACCGGGGAGCAGACUUUCCCCACGCUGGGGACUGAACGUGGGGCUGGCGGCCAGGGACCCUGCUGCUGCUGUCGUGUCUGGAAGAGGCCGAGCCUCUGCCCUGCCAAUAAAGACUCUGUCCAGUC